CCAAGAUAAGUACACGUUUUAUGGCAGCUCCUUUAUAUUUGAUUCUGAUUGUGCCUGUUUCCUUAUAAUUGGCUUAUUUCAACCUAUUUCAGCCCCUCUGCACAUUCCUUGUGCAGGUGAUGUGUGUGGCCUCAUUGGGGUUUUCUCCCUGGGGCCGUUUUUGUUGCUGGGGGUGCUCAUUGUUUAAUUGCUUUCUUCCCCCUCUUAUGCCGCUUUCGGUUUAUCUUUCUCUCCCCCGUUUCUCUCAUUUCUCUCCUUUACCUGCUCUGCAGCUUCGUUUUCCCGCGCUGUAGUCUUUCUCUAUGGCCGCGAGAUCUCGCGAGAUCUCGGCGGCCAUCUUGGUGCUCCUUUUCGGUCGCAUCCCGCUUGUUCCCGCGGGAUUUCGGCGGCCAUUUUGGAUUUCCUUCUGCGCUUGCCGCCGGGUCUCGUGAGACUUCGGCGGCCAUCUUCUGUUGUCAGAUUCCUCCGGCUGUGCGGUCGCAUCGAUCCGGAGCUCCGCUUCAACGGGUGACUAACCCUAUUACUUGCCCCACUCUCGGCCCUUAGCUUUGCCUAUUCCACCUCUCCAUACCCCUCCUCCCUUCCAGACCCUGGGGUUUGUUAUUAGUUCGCCUAGAUAUUAUCUUUAGAAUACGUCCCUGCCAUGCCGCUCUCAGAUCCUACUCCUGAGGCUGCAGCCCCCUCAUCCCCUAUGAGGAAUGUGCAGAUUAGUGAUGAGACCCAGGCAGAAGCGCUGCAGCGCUCUGUCUCUGCCGCAAUUUCUGCUGCGAUGGACUCAAUGUCCUCUGUGCUGUCUCAGACGAUAGCACAGGCACUGGCUGGCCACCCUGCUUCAGGGCCUGUGCUGCCUGCGGCCCCCUUAGCUCAGCAACCUCCGGUUUUGAAUCCUCCUGUGCCACAGGACCAAUUGAUUGGUGCGCCUCCGGCCACCCAGGAACGCGCGCAUAGAUCGCGCAAAAGAGCCUUUCCACGCCAGGCAGAACGGGCGCGGUCUUGGAAAUGCGCUAGAGCGCAAUUAUUGAGCGAUUCUGAGGCCGAGAUUGGCUCAGAUGAGGAGGCAUUUGCUGAUGCAGGUUCAGAUGAAGAGGCUCAUGCGGGGCCUAGUAACACCCCUUGUCCCACCCCUUCUACUUCUCAAGUGAAGGAGGGUUCUUCCAUAGCGGUUCCUGCAUCGUCCCUUAUUGACCCGUUGGGGGAACCCAUGUUUGACCCUGACGCCCUCCACCAUCCCAGAUCGGCGGAGUGGCUUCCUGCAGAUCAUGUGGGAAAAUACCUGGAACAUUGGGUCCGCCGCCCCCUCAGUAAGGAGGCGCGCAACAAGAUGAGGGCUGAAUGCCCCAGGCCCAUAGUGCCUAACAAGGUUUGUGACACGCCAGUAGUAGACCCCAAAGUCACACAAUUUCUGGCUAAAUCGGGCUGGAAUCCCCGCAAAGGCCUUGACUCAGCUCUGCGUAGCUGUCAGGACAAGCUCCUGGACAUAUUUGGUCCCCUGGCCAAGUUAUUUGACAUGGCGGAGUCCGCCAGAUCGGAUGGGUCCCAGAUUGACCCAGAGGAGAUGAGGGGUUGGAUUCAGCGCGCGAUCUGCAUCGCUGGGAAUACCAAUACCUCUCUAGCGAUAGAGAGACGCAAGGCGAUUCUGUUUAAAGUAGAUCCCAAAUUGGCCAACCUGGCUCUAACUGAAUCCGGCGCAGAUGCCCAGGGUCAUCUCUUCGGCGACUCCUUUAUCAAGGACCUGAGUCGGUUUGUUGGCGCCUUUACGGCCCUUGAUAAGGCCCAGUCCUCCAUUAGGAGAGUGUUUCAGGGACGGGUCUCCACCAGGGCCGGCAGUAAUAGGGGCCGCCUGUCCGGCCGUUCCAAUUUCCAAGCCCGCUAUUCGGGCCGAGGCUCCUUCCAGCAACGACCUGCAUUCCAGGAACAGAAGUUCCCAACCCCUUUCUUCCCGGCCAGAGGUGGACAAUGGCGUGGCAGAUCCUACAGAGGGAAUCAAGGUUCGCGUCGCCCUUUCGGAGGAAGUUGAUUCGUUUCGGGUCUCCAUUGACCUGUUCCAGUUAUAGCCAUGUUGGCUUUCGUUGACAAGAAGAUCCGGUGAUCCGAGUUGCUGGUUUUCGUUGGGAUGUUCCGGUGGUUCCGUGCUGGUCGUUUCCCGUUUCCAGGUUCCGGUUUCGUGUUCGGUGGUUCCGGUCAUGGUGUCAGGCUCGUAAAGAAAGAGGAGGAUUGAGAGGAGGAGCCGUCGGUUAUAUGGACUGUGAGGGGAGGGUGAUGUUACUAUGGUUACGUCAUGUGAUGUAAAAAUUUUUUCUUUGCUGCUAUUGGUGGACAGUAAAGAAGGAGA